CAAGGUGCGAGCAAAUAGGAUUCAGACAGUGCACUCACUGACACUCUCCAGCUCAGACACAAUGAAACUGCUCCUUGUCGUCGUUGCUCUUGGCCUCACCGUCAGCAUCUGUGCUCAACAGCUCUCAGCAGCUCCCAGUAUUCCAGUGGGUACGCUGUGCUGUGAGCGUUAUAUCCGAACACAAUUGCCACUAGCCCGUAUUGUGAAUUACAUAAAAGCUCCCAGCUCUUUCUACUGUUCCCACGACGCUAUCAUAUUCCAGACCGUAGCUGGUCGCCUGGUGUGUGCUAACCCGGAACAUCCGUGGGUGCAGGAUCGACUGACAGAGCUGACAGACAGGAUUGAAAAGGAUUGAUCCUGAUCUUCAAUAACCCAUGGGGUUUGGUGAUGCGGGGCAACAUCUGAUCCUGAACAUAUACAAGUUUUUGUAUCUACUGAAACUUUUAAAACUUUCUGCAGCUGGUAUUCUGCAGCUUUAUAAAUUAUCAAAAAGACGAUAUAAAGAUUAUAUAGAGAUUGCAUUGUAUGCAUAGAAUAUUUCUUUUUGGAUAAUUGAUGACUACAGUCUGUUGAUUUGUCUGUGGUUUCUGUCAGUUUUCUCUGUGUGUAUUGAUUUGCCCAAAUGUCUUCCAAUAAAAUUAAUUCACCUU